AUGGGUGGCUCGUUGUCACGCCUUUGGUCCCUUGUCUGGGCGAAAAAGGAAAUUCGAAUUCUGAUCCUUGGUCUUGACAAUGCCGGAAAGACAACGCUUCUUUACAGGCUCAAGAUCGGGGAAGUCGUGACAACGAUUCCGACAAUCGGAUUCAACGUCGAGUCGGUCACAUACAAGAAUUUGAAUCUGAAUGUCUGGGAUCUCGGUGGCCAAACAUCGAUUCGCCCUUAUUGGCGGUGCUACUACGCGAACACAGCUGCCGUUAUCUUUGUUAUCGACUCGACGGACAUAGAACGACUGGGGACUGCGGCCGAUGAGCUCGCAGCUAUGCUGAACGAAGAAGAGCUUCGAGAUGCAGCGCUGCUGGUGUUUGCCAACAAGCAAGACCAGCCAGGAGCCAAGGGCGCUGGUGAGAUAUCCGAGGCGUUGAAGCUGGGUGAACUUCGGGAUCGAAACUGGAGUAUUGUAGCCUGUUCCGCCAUUGAUGGCAAGGGAAUCAAUGAAGGCAUGGACUGGCUUGUGCAAACUAUCGAGGCCGAGAACGCGUAA